CUAGCAGCCUCAUUGAUCAGCACUUCGCAGCUGACGGCAUCGCAACUGGCACUACCGGCGGGCUGAGAGACUGCGCCAUUGCAGAUAGCGUGCACCUUUUCUUAUUUUAUUUCAUUUCUGAGAGGUGUUUUGACUAAAUCAAGAUGGUUUUCUACUUUACGUCCAACGUGGUCGAUCCGCCGGCCUAUGUCUACGUCGGCAAGGACAAGUUUGAGAACGAGGAGCUGAUACAGCACGGCUGGGAAGAGGAUGUCUGGUUCCACGUCGACAAGCUGUCCAGCGCGCACAUCUACCUGCGGCUGCGCGAGGGCGAGACCUGGGAGGACAUCCCCGAGGACCUGCUCACCGACCUGGUCCAGCUGACCAAGGCUAACUCGAUCGAGGGCAACAAGAAAGACAACAUCACCGUCAUCUACACGCCAUGGUCCAACUUGCGCAAGGACGGCAGCAUGGCCGUCGGCCAGGUGAGCUUCAAGGACCAGAAGAAGGUCAAGCGGAUAGUGGUGCCGCAGCGUGAGAACGCCAUCGUCAACCGGCUCAACAAGACCAAGGAGGAAAAGUACCCGGACCUACGCGAGGAGAAGGAGGGCCGGCUGCGCGAGCUGCGGAAGAAGGACCAGGCCGCGCAGCAGGCGCGGCGCAAGGAGGAGGAGCGCGUCGCCAAGGAGCGCCAGGAGCUCAAGUGGCAAAAGGACCACGCCUACGAUGACAUCUUCACCGAGGAGAACAUGGCCGGCAUGAGCAACCAGGACCGCGGCUCCGACUGGGAGGACGACUUUAUGUAGCCUGACGUAGACUGCCUAAAAUUAAAUAAUUUUUUGAUA